AUGCGCUGCUCCACCGUCCUCUGCAUCCUCACGCUGGUGCUUCUCUACUUGGUGCUGGGAGCUGUGGUGUUCCGCGCCUUGGAGGCUCCACAAGAGGAGGGCAAGCACAUGCAGCUGCAGGACACCCGGCGGGACUUCUUGUUGAACUUCACAUGCAUUAGUCCCGACAACCUACAGGACCUCAUAGAGGAAGUCGUGGAGGCCGUCGGUGCAGGAGUGGAUCCCAGCAGCAACGUCACCUUUGUCAGCCAAUGGGAUCUGGCCAGUGCCUUUUUUUUCUCAGGGACAAUCAUCACAACCAUUGGUUUUGGAAACAUCUCCCCCAAGACAGAAGGAGGGCAGCUGUUCUGCAUUUUCUACGCGCUGGUGGGAAUCCCGAUGUUUGGUAUCUUGCUUGCUGGAGUCGGAGACCAUCUGGGUACUGGGCUGAGGAAAACCGUUGCCAAAAUAGAGACUCUCUUCCUGAAAUGGCGAGUUAGUCCAACCAUUGUGAGGGUGAUCUCAGCCGUCCUGUCCAUCCUGCUGGGUUGCCUGCUCUUUGUUGCAGUGCCUAUCCUGGUUUUCCAGGAGGUGGAGAAGUGGACUCUUCUGGAGGCGGCCUACUUUGUAGUUAUCACCCUGACGACAGUGGGAUUUGGUGACUAUGUUGCAGGGAAUUCUGGAAACGAGGGGAGUGACCACUGGUAUAAGCCUUUGGUGUGGUUCUGGAUCUUGCUGGGUCUUGCCUACUUUGCAUCUAUCCUGACAAUGAUUGGUAACUGGCUUCGGGUUCUGUCUAAGAAGACCAGAGCUGAGAUGGAGGAACUUCGAGCCCACGCCACUGACUGGACUCAGAACAUCCAAAAUAUGUCGGUGGAUUUUCGCAUUGCGGGAAAAAUCGAUGACCCCUUCAAGCGGCGUCGGCGAAAGCGCCGCCAUGGCCCUCACAGCCAUGGUCACAGUGUGUCAGCUACUGGGGACCCUGAGGGGAAAGAAGAGCGGCGUGACAAUCAGACAGAGUCCGGAUCCUACUCCUCCUCCUCCUCCUCCUCGAACGAGUCAGGGUCUGAAUCAGAAACAGACUCUCAGGCCACUCAGACGGACCGAGUCCCCGAAGAAAAAAACGCAGAGCCUGAAAACGAGACUCUUCCGGACCCCCACCUGUCACAGCCUCUGGACUACUUUGGGGAGAACCUUGCGUUUAUUGAUGAGUCUUCAGAUGCUCAGAGUGGUAAACUACAUUUGGAUCCUCUGCUGGAUACAUCACAACCAAACUCUGCACGCUCUCGUCACCCCAAGAGGAGACGCCACAGGAGACCUGUUCCACUGAGAAGCCCCAAAAUCAACCGCUCCAACCACGUCAAGAAGGAGCCCAAUGGAAACCCAAAACCAGUUCCAGGUCUACCACAAUGA